AUGCAAAAAAUAUUUGUGAAAAUGCCCGAGAACACGCUCUUUCAUGUGUUCAGCAUACCGAGAGAGACAUUUACCAAUGACCUUCUCAAAAAAAGCUACCACAGCCUUAUCAAGCAGGUCCAUCCAGACAAGACGGCCACACACAGCACAGCAGCAGAUGCCGCGCAGUUUAUCAACAAAGCAUACAAAGUGCUCAGUAACGACUAUACUCGAAGUAUUUACGAGUAUUCACUUGACAAUGCAAAAAAUCUCGUUGAAAGAGAAAUGCCGCACGGCAUAACCACACACUUCUCAACUGUCAUGGACCUAGAGAAGGAAAGAGUUGGAUGCAAUAAGGGCCUAGUCAGUGCAGAGUUUCUUGAUAGCAUACUUAGCCUGGAAGACCAAAUUGACUCCGCAGACAGCAGCACACUAGACAGCCUCCAGCAGCAUAUUAUGAAGGAAAUCCAGACGUGCAAGGAAAACAAAAAAAAGGCCACGUGGCUUGCCAGGUGGAGAUACUACAAUAGACUGCUGGACAUCAUCCUGCACAAAAGAAUGAUUGAAUAG